AGUUUGAAGCAUGCUUGUCCCAAGGGCGUUUACGUGGCACCCGUCCCCGAUGAGCCCCUGCUCUGGGCAGGCGUACUUUUCGUUCGCAAAGGACCAUAUGCCAGCGCUAUCUUACGCUUCCAAAUAGAUUUCCCCGACGACUACCCGCACAAGCCGCCAGUAGUUGCAUUCCAGAGUGAUGUCUUUCAUCCACUUGUAACACCGCUCACGACAUAUACCUACUCCACUAGGGACUUCGGCACAGACACCCAGAGUGCCGCCGAUGAACAGCGCCUGCCACCUGGCGGGCUCAGUCUGCGUCAUGGAUUCCCAGAGUGGUUCGAUGACACGGCGAAGGACGUAGCGGUCAGUAAGGAGAAGGAAGCCGAUGUUUCACAGAACGAGGGUCAUCAGGGUGCUUCUCAGGAAGUCGGCGAACCAGAUUCGCCAGGACACCAACGCGCACCACAUGUCAUCGAGGUGCUGCAGUAUAUGCGGAUUGUGUUUGACACGGAGGAGGUGCUUGACACGAUACCGCUGGAUGCUGCUGCCAACGCUGGGGCAUGGCAUGCAUGGCAAAGCUAUCGCUCUAAGAGCUCGAGUCGAGCUGCGUCUCAACCUGGUGGAGCACGCAGACCAGGUGAAUGGAAUUGGCAAGGUGUAUGGGAGGAUCGUGUGCGGCGAAGCAUUCAGCAUAGCUUGUCUGAACCUGUCUUGUUUGGAGGUGACAAUAAUGAUGUGGUAUGUACUUGUCUACUAUUUGCAGAUCGCGGUCUUCUGAUCCUCACCGGCAUGCAGAUCAGCUUCCUGAAGAUGGAUGCAGAUGCCAUCAGUCAGAUCUCUCCAACUACUCGACCGUGUCAAGAUAUUACAGCAAAGAAUUAG